GCAAACCAAACCCAAGAUAUAGAGACAAAAACCAUUUAACUUUCAAGAUAUCAUCCGAAUCACCAGAGAAACGUCACGAGUGACCCGUAAAAGUACAUUUCUUGCCCCGACCCGCGGACGCCAUCGGACAUUAUCGCUCUCCUGCCGCUGUUAGCCAGGAUUUGAAGAUGAGGCUGAUAAAGGUUGCGACGUGUAACUUGAACCAAUGGGCUAUGGACUUCGACUGUAAUUUGAAGAACAUAAAGGAGUCCAUAGCUAGGGCCAAAAAAUCUGGAGCUGUGAUUAGGCUCGGUCCUGAACUUGAAAUCACUGGCUAUGGCUGCGAAGACCACUUCUUGGAACUAGAUACCGUCAAUCAUGCAUGGGAGUGUUUGAAAGAAAUACUGGUAGGUGAUUGGACGGAUGGAAUAUUAUGCAGCAUAGGAAUGCCUGUGAUUAAAGGAUCAGAGCGUUAUAAUUGUCAAGUUCUGUGUUUUAAUAGGAAAAUUAUCAUGAUCCGCCCCAAAAUAUGGCUUGCAAAUGAUGGAAAUUAUAGGGAACUUCGAUGGUUUACAGCAUGGAAGCAAAAAGACCAGCUCGUUGACUUCCAGCUUCCAAAUGAAAUUUCUGAGGCUUUGUCUCAGAAAUCAGUGCCCUUUGGUUAUGGGUUCCUUCAGUUUUUAGACACAGCUGUUGCUGUUGAAGUUUGUGAAGAACUUUUUACUCCUACUCCCCCUCAUGCUGAGCUUGCAUUAAAUGGAGUUGAAGUGUUUAUGAAUGCCAGUGGAAGUCACCACCAACUAAGAAAGCUUGAUUAUCGUAUUCGUUCUUUUAUAAGUGCUACUCAUACUCGAGGAGGGGUUUACAUGUACAGUAAUCAACAGGGAUGCGAUGGUGGCCGCCUUUAUUUUGAUGGAUGUUCAUGCGUUGUUGUAAAUGGAGAUAUGAUAGCUCAAGGCUCACAAUUUUCAUUAAAAGAUGUGGAGGUUGUGGUUGCACAAGUAGAUCUAGAUGCGGUUGCUAGCCUGAGAGGAUCUAUUAGUAGUUUUCAAGAGCAAGCAAGCUGCAAAACCAGAAUUGCAUCUGUGACGGUGCCAUAUAGUCUUUGUCAAUCUUUCAACCUGAAAAUCUCACUUUCAAGUCCACUUCAGAUUGUGUAUCACCCUCCUGAGGAGGAAAUAGCCUUUGGGCCUGGUUGCUGGCUGUGGGACUAUUUAAGGAGAAGUGGAGCCUCUGGAUUCUUGCUUCCUCUUUCUGGUGGAGCUGAUAGCUCUUCUGUGGCUGCUAUUGUUGGAUGCAUGUGCCAGCUUGUUGUAAAAGAGAUCGCAAAUGGGGAUGAACAAGUCAAAGCUGAUGCAAUACGAAUUGGACAUUAUACUGAUGGACAGUUUCCUACUGACAGCAGAGAAUUCGCAAAAAGAGUUUUUUAUACAGUCUAUAUGGGUUCUGAAAAUAGUUCUGAAGAAACAAAGUCGCGUGCAAAGAAGCUAGCUGAUGAGAUUGGCUCAUGGCACCUUGACAUUUGCAUAGACAGUGUUGUUUCUGCUCUUCUUUCUUUAUUUCAGACGCUUACCGGAAAGAGGCCACGUUAUAAGGUUGAUGGGGGAUCUAACAUUGAGAACCUGGGAUUGCAAAACAUUCAAGCUCGAAUCAGAAUGGUGCUGGCAUUUAUGUUAGCAUCAUUGUUGCCUUGGGUUCAUAAUAAACCGGGAUUUUAUCUAGUUUUGGGCAGUUCCAAUGUGGAUGAAGGCUUGCGUGGUUAUCUGACAAAGUAUGAUUGCAGCUCAGCAGAUAUAAAUCCCAUUGGAGGCAUUAGUAAACAGGAUUUGCGACAAUUUCUACGGUGGGCUGCAACCCAUCUCGGUUACUCUUCCUUAGCAGAAAUUGAAGCAGCUCCACCUACUGCUGAAUUGGAGCCCAUACGUUCAAACUACAGCCAGCUUGAUGAAGUAGACAUGGGAAUGACAUACGAGGAACUCUCAGUGUAUGGAAGGAUGCGGAAAAUUUUCCAAUGUGGUCCAGUUUCAAUGUUCAAGAAUCUGUGCUACAGAUGGGGUGCAAGAUUAACCCCAUCAGAGGUGGCUGAUAAAGUCAAACACUUCUUCAAGUAUUAUUCCAUUAAUCGACACAAAAUGACCGUAUUAACUCCUUCGUACCACGCAGAGAGUUAUUCACCAGAGGAUAACAGGUUUGAUCUGCGACAAUUUCUCUACAAUGCGAGAUGGCCAUACCAAUUUCGUAAGAUCGAUCAACUUGUGAAGGAGUUGGACGGUGAGAAAAUUCCUUUCAAAGAAACUGGUGAACACGAACUGAUGGGUGUGGCGGCAUCAGAAGUCGGUGGGAUGGGAGUUGUGGCAGCAGGCUCAGGCAACCCAAAAGCUGGCCACUAGCUGUGAGUAAAGCUUCCAUAAUUGAGUUGAUUAAAGGCAGAUAAACAUGUCUAAUUAAUUUCAUUGUUAAGUUAUAAGUUAUGAAAAUAGUAGAAUAAAAGUUUUAUUGAUUUGAGUUUAAAUGUAUAUUUAUUGUUAUCCCAAUUGCUAUAAUGUAACAAGAGAAGAUUCAAUGGAUCUUGAAUAAAUUUUUUUGA